CAUUUUGGUUAGGAAAAUUGUGUUAGCUAGUCAUUAAACGUGUUCCCCUUCCCGACAGCCUCCUCAACACCCUAACCAAUACUGUUGAAACCCACCGAUUCAGAUCCGAAACCACAAAUCAAACCCACCAAAUUCAGAUCGGAAACCACAAAUCUGUUCCGUUUCGUCGGUGACUUCUCUCCGAUCAAACAAAGCGUCAAUCUUUCUUGAUUUCAAGCAUAGUACCGAGUUCUCUCAUUAUUUCUUCGUACCUUCUCUAGAAAAAAUAACAGUGCGACGAGUUCUUCUGAUUGAAAGAUUCUACUUGUCACCAAGAAAGACAAGUCUUCUCAAGUCCCACUGUUCUGUUUGAGAAAUUGGAGGGGUUGAUGAACUUGGAAACCAGACACACACACCGUCGACGACGUUUUUCCAGUUCUAGGGUUUAUUACGUCAAUGGAUUCGAAUCAGGAAACUGAAGCUUCGGCCAACACUCCUUCCUUGCCGAAGAGCGUGUACAAGGAUCCAGAUGAUGGGCGCCAACGGUUCUUGCUCGAACUUGAAUUCGUCCAGUGUCUCGCUAAUCCUACCUACAUACACUAUUUAGCUCAAAAUCGAUAUUUUGAGGAUGAAGCUUUCAUCGGCUACUUGAAAUACCUUCAAUAUUGGCAACGACCCGAGUAUAUAAAGUUUAUAAUGUAUCCUCACUGCCUAUAUUUUCUCGAGCUUCUCCAAAACUCAAACUUCCGGAAUGCAAUGGCACACCCAGGCAACAAGGAAUUGGCCCACAGGCAGCAAUUCUAUUAUUGGAAGAACUAUAGGAACAAUCGCAUGAAGCAUAUUUUACCAAAACCCCCUCCUGAACCUGUUGCUGCACCCCCUGCUUCUGUCCCACCUCCACCUCCCGUACCACCUUCGACUAUCCCUGUAUCUGCUGUCCCUCCUCCUCAACCUGCUCCUUCUCCAGCUUUAUCUCCUAUGCAGUAUGCCAUUCCCCAUGGAUCUGCUCUGCCAAAGAAUGACCUGAGGACUAGUGGGGUUGAUCGAAGAAAGAGAAAGAAAGAAGUAUGACCUGCCAUUUACAAGAAGGUGAUAGAUUUCCCUUGAUUAGAUGAGAUUGAUUACCUUGGUGCCUCUCAUGUGGGAGAAGCUAUGAAACCUUGUCCAGCUAAUGACGAGCAGAUAUGCUUGAGAUUGUUACAACCAUUUAUGCUAGCUUCCUCUUUUUGGUAAAAGCAUAUUCUCUUACGCAUCUGAAAUACCGUUCCACCACAAUUGUCCAUUCCCAGUUGUGAGGGAAGUUUGAAGCUGUUCUGGAUGCAGAACCAUUGUUUUCCGCUAUUUGUAUUCCUGGCUCUGCUGUCAUGCUGGAUUGUGAUCUUCUGGCUCCCUUUAUGCCAGCCUUGAUUUAGGCUUUCUUGAUUGUGUAGAAUCUCAGUGGGCAUAUAGCUUAAAAACUUUGGGGUUCCCUUCAAAUUCUAGCUCAUGCAUUUGAUUUUCUUCUA